AUGGACACAGGCCUCUCAGCAUCCGAGCAGCGCGAGCUGGAACAGCGCCUGCAGAAGCGCCAAGUCAAGGAGUUUAUGAACGUCUUUGGCAGCCUAGUCGACAACUGCUUCAGCGCCUGCGUCGACGACUUCACCUCCAAGGCCCUCUCGGGCCGCGAGUCGGGCUGCAUCAGCCGCUGCGUCACCAAGUCCAUGACCACCCAGACCCGCCUAGGCGAGCGCUUCGCCGAGCUCAAUGCCGCUAUGACGCCCGAUAUGCAGCAGCGGUAG